UGCUCAUGCUUAAUAAAGUUUUCAGCAUAAAACUAUUUGCAAACAAUAAUUUUGGUGCUACUAACUUUCUUCUUUCUUUUCCUUCCUGGAAAUUAAUUUGGUUGUUGAUUCAUUUUUGCUGAAGAUUUUAACUCCUGUGUGAGAUACACACGACACUGGCCAUGCUGGGGUGUCCUCACAACUUUUCAGUUUGUUGUUCUUGGAUUCUUAUUCUUCAUGUUGAUCUGCUGCCUUCUGUCCAUUACUCUAAACUUUCUCUAUCCUACCAAGGUAUUGUCUGAGAUAUUGGCUUGUAUUUCAGUCUACAGCAACACUGUAACAAUGAAAAAGGUCUUGGUCAUUUUCCUGACAAAGAGAUGUUUUGGAAAUAGUGAUUCACAGCUCAUGCCUGUAACCCCCACAGUGGGGAGGCUAAGGUAGGAGGACCCUGAGUUGUAGACCAGCUCCAGCCUCCUGAGCUCAGUGCUUGGCUUCCCAGGGGCUGUCUUGGUCUGGAACCAUUGACAGACUCCAGCCUUUCUCCUCUUCUUUGCUGCUCUGGCACAAUUGAGUACAACUGACUAUCCAUCAUCCUUAGCGGAUGUCCACUGCACUUGAGUCAUCCUUGCCUACCAUGCUUUUCGGGCUCUGACAUUAUGCUCUCCCUCUUGCUGCAGCUGUACCUGACCCUAUGGUGAUUCAGAGCCUUGUCCACAGAGCCAUGGCAGCUUGAGGUGAUUUGGUUGAGGACCAAGCAGGACCACAAGUCCUAUACUUUGUCUUGAUGAGUGUGACUUCACAUAACAUUUCUUUCUGCUUUCUUUUUCAGUGACUACGGGAAAAAUCCAGAAACAGAUCACGAAUCAGAACUCUGAGGUUCACAUGCCUGAAGAUCUGAAGAAGAAAGGGGGAGAUCUGCUCAACCUAGGGAGUCCAACAAGGGUUUUAAGGAAGAUCAGCCAUUCACAAAGGGAGAACGGAGCUUACAGAUCAACUGAAGCACAUCAAGGAGCUAAAAUUGAAGUUUUUCAGAAACCCAUCCAGAUGGACUGGCCACUGGUCACUCAGCCCUUAAACAAAAGUUUGGUCCAAGGCAACAAAUGGAAGAAAGCAGAUGCAACCCAAGAGAAGCGUCGGUCAUUCCUUCAUGAGUUUUGCAAGAAAUAUGGUAGAGUAAAUGAUCCCAAGUUCAACCUUUUUCAUAUAGUAUCUAGGAUAUAUGUAGAAGACAAACACAAAAUCCUGUACUGUGAAGUACCAAAAGCUGGCUGCUCUAAUUGGAAAAGAAUUCUGAUGGUCCUAAAUGGAUUGGCUUCCUCUGCAUACAAUAUCUCCCAUGAUACUGUGCACUAUGGGAAGCAUCUGAAAACACUGGAUAGUUUUGACUUAAAAGGAGUACACAUGCGUUUGAAUACAUAUACCAAAGCUGUGUUUGUUAGAGAUCCCAUGGAAAGAUUAGUCUCCGCAUUUAGGGAUAAAUUUGAGCAUCCCAAUAGUUACUACCAUCCGGUGUUUGGAAAGGCAAUUAUCAAGAAAUAUCGACCAAAUGCCUCUGCAGAAGCAUUAAAUAAUGGAUCUGGAGUCAAAUUCAAAGAAUUCGCCUACUAUUUGCUGGAUGCUCACCGUCCAGUAGGAAUGGAUAUUCACUGGGAAAGAGUCAGCAAACUGUGUUAUCCGUGUUUGAUCAACUAUGACUUUGUAGGGAAGUUUGAGACCUUAGGAGAGGAUGCCAAUUACUUUCUACAGUUGAUUGGUGCUCCAAAAGAGUUGACAUUUCCAAACUUUAAGGAUAGGCACUCCUCUGAUGAAAGAACCAAUGCCCACGUGGUAAGGCAGUAUUUAAAGGACCUGAGCACAGCCGAAAGACAGCUCAUCUAUGACUUCUAUCACUUGGACUAUUUGAUGUUUAAUUACACAACUCCACAUUUGUAAUUUGCAUUCAUUUUUCUAAAGCCCUACAUAGAUUUAAUGAUGAUGGCCUCAAAUAAGCUACUGUAAUUGUCCUACAAUUCUCUGUAUGGAGGAAAUUUAGCUAAGUGAAGUUGUCUUGAUUGAAUGAAGACUUUUUUUUUUUUAACCAAAGAGUAUGACAGCAAUUGGAACAAAGUUAUUGAAAAAUCAUCUCAAGGAGACAUGUAAACAACUUGAUGUGCUUUUAAAUGUUGGAAAAGAGCUGUUUUGGCAUUGUAGCUUAUGCUGUGGAAGCAAUAACCUAGCCAGAUGUUACAUUAACCAAGAAAGCCUCUUGCAUGUAAAAUAAAAGGUCAAAAUAUUGAGAAUUGUGCAUUCAAAUCCUGGCAACCAUCAUCUGACAUGCAUGAAGCCAUGCUUAGCAGUUUGUGUCAUUUGCAGCAAAUGAUUGGAUGGUUUUCUUAUACCCUGAAUCUUCCUAUCCUAUGAUGAUAAAUCCAUUUUAAACAUU